AUGGCACCGACAUGGUCAUCACGGCCCUGCCGGGCAGCUGUUGCGUUCUUGGCCUUGGCACGAUUGGGGGUUGUUGCGCACGAGUCGAUUUCCAACCAAGUCAGCCUAGGUAUCUGUCGCAAAGCAACACCAGGACUGGAGUUUGCGGUGUGCGCGCAGAGCGGCGGGCGCAUAGCGCCGAUAACAAAAGAGGACAGCAGCAGCAGGAGCGCCAGCAACGGCAUUUGGUCACGGACGACGCCCUGCUAUAAGAACAGCACCGACGGCACCGAGUACUGCGUCUAUACGAGCGAGUCAUUCGCCGAGGGCCACGGCAUUACGGUCAUGACGUCGCCCGCAAAAGCUGUGCACUUUGCACAGCUGCCGGCCUUUGCCGACCCAGAGACCGUCCGCGGCAUCAACCGCGACAUUGUGUACGAGAGCGAGCACGGCCACCGCAGCGACCAGCCGCCACUGAGCUACCGCGUGGAGGCCAUGCCGGGCAAGGGGUUCGGUGUGGUGGCGACCAAGUACCUGAACCGGGGCGACCUGAUUAUGAGCACGACGGCGUCGGUGGUGAUUGACUAUGCCUUGUUUGAGUCGAUCCCUGAUGAAGAUGUGGUGCGGAUGCAGACGGUGGCCGUGGACAGUCUUCCGCCGCGGCACCACGCGCGGUUCAUGAACCUGUCGACGCACGCCGCGACCGAGGGCCACGAGCAGAUUGUGAACAAGAUCCUGGCCACAAACGCCUUUGACAUUGAGACGGACGACGACGACGAACGCGGCUACUUUGUCGUGUUCCCAGAGAUCUCCCGCCUGAACCACGACUGCCGGCCCAACGCCGACUACCACUUUGACUACGACACGCUGACCCAGCACAUCCACGCCGUGCGGCCCAUUGCUGCGGGUGAAGAGAUUACCGUGUCGUACAUGGAGUACGUCGUUCCGUCGCCCGCGCUUUUUUGUGGAUUUGUGGAUCUAUCUGUUCGCCUCUCGCUAACCUCCCUCCCUCACAGCCUGAUCAAGCCGAGAAAGGCGCGCAUGGACAAGCUCAAGCACACGUGGGGCUUCGAGUGCGGCUGCUCGCUGUGCACCCAGAACCGGCCGAUGACCAGGGCCUCGGACGCCCGCAUCGCGCAGAUCCUCGACCUGCGCGACGAGUUCCGCGACUACACCGUCACGUCGCGCGCCACGCCGCAGAUGGCCGAGCUGUUUAUCAGUCUGUUUGAGCAGGAGCGCCUGGACGCGAUGCUCUACGAGGCGUACUCGUACGCAGCCGUGGAGUACAACGGCGACGGCGAGCCGUGGCUGGCGACCAAGUACGCGCGCCUGGCGAUCGAGGCCGGCCUGAUGAGCGUCGGAACGCACGAUGCGGACGUGGUUGAGAUGCGGCAGCUGGCGGCGGACCCAUGGAAGCACUGGAGCUGGAUGCUGCGCAAGAGCCGGCGGCUGCAAUGGGGCAAACAGGAAAAGGAGGCCAGGGAGAAGGACAAGCCCAAGACGGAGUAG